AUGGUGUGUAAUAUGAAGAAUAAUAAUAGGGUUUUGGCCAUGGCCACCAUCGGCCUCUUCCUUAUUUUGGGUCUGAGUGAGCAGUGUUAUGGUGCGUUGCAGCCUGGUUACUACAACCAAAAAUGCUUCAUCACAACUACAACUGGUGCAUGGCCACUUACGAAAUCUCAAACAACAGAAGUGAAUGUUGAGGCCACUGUCAAAGCCGCCAUGAAAUUAGCCUUCACUAACGACUCCACCAUUGCAGCCGCAUUGCUUCGUAUGCAGUUCCACGAUUGCUUUGUUAAGGGAUGCGAUGCUUCAAUUCUUCUCGAUGGUAAGCAAAGUGAGAAAACUGCAACUCCAAAUCUGAGCGUAAGGGGUUAUGAAGUUAUAGAUUCUAUAAAGAAAACUUUGGAGAAGAGUUGUCGUCAAGUUGUGUCUUGUGCUGAUAUCAUUGUUAUGGCUACCAGAGACGCUGUCAGCUUAGCCAGUGGAGGAAAAGUGAAUUAUGGUGUGGAAACAGGAAGGUUGGAUGGAAAAGUAUCCAAUGCUUCCAAUGUCAAUCUCCCUGGUCCUACAAUAUCAGUGUCUGACUCAAUCAAAGCAUUUCAACAGAAAGGACUUGGUGUCAAUGACAUGGUUUAUCUUCUUGGUGGUCACACUGUUGGAGUGGCACACUGCUUUCUGUUCCAAGAUCGUCUUUACAACUUCAACGGUACUAACAAGCCUGACCCAACAAUGGACCCAAUGUUGGUAAAAGAGUUGAAGCCAAAGUGCCCUCAAAAGUUAAAUAUCGCCAACACAGUUUUCUUGGACCAAACUCCAAGCAGUUCCAUGGUGGUGGAUAAGGCAUACUUCAACCAACUAGUGAGGAAGAGAGGAAUUCUUAAGAUUGACCAAGACUUAGCCAUUGCUAGGCAGACUAAAGAUGUUGUCUCACAACUCGCCGGCGGCAAGGACUAUGAGUUUGCUCAGAAAUUCGGACAGGCCAUGGUCAAGUUGGGGCGAGUGGAGGUCAUCACUGACACCCGUAAGGGUGAGAUCAGAAGAUCAUGCAACCUAAAAAAUUAAUAAAUAUGAUUAUUAAGAACCCUUUUCUUAAUUUCAUAAUUGAUGAUGAUGGUGAUGAUCGAGUUCCAAAGAUUGUUUUUUACUUCUCAUUUAUUGUUAGCUUUCUUCUUUUUGCUUUUGAAGAUUUUUGUUGUCCUUUCCAGUUUUGUCUAUUUCAUUUUUUUUUUUCAAAUUGUAACUUGAUCGUGUAAUAAUAAAUGAUUGGAUAUCAUUUAUAUAUCCAAUAAUAAUAAAAGCAUCUUUUCAUAGUAUACGUGCA